AUGGUCUCAACUAACAGCGACGCUGUCGAUAGCACUAGCGCCGAUGGCAUCGGCAAGGUAAGCGGGCGGGACGGGACCUUGGAAAAGGCAAACGACUCCUACGUGCUCUUACGAAACUCCAACGCCAACACCCGUCUCACUGCUCAGCACUACCUCUGGAGGCAGCUUCUUGGCUUCCUCGUUCACCCCGACAUCCCGAUCAAGGGAGGCGAUGUCAAAGUGGCCGACGUCGCCACCGGCAAUGGGAUCUGGCUCCAUGACUUGGCCCGCGAGAACCCUUCAAUCACCGAGCUACACGGCUUCGAUAUUAGCCUCGACCAAGUCGGCCCCAAGCCCUGGUUGCCGGCCAACAUACACAUGCACACCUGGAACAUCUUUGAAAAGCCACCCGCACAGUUUGUCGGCUACUUCGACGUGGUGCAUGUCCGGCUCCUCACCGUUGUGAUCCAGAACGACGACCCGCGGCCGGUACUCGCGAACCUGACCAAACUACUGAAGCCGGGCGGCUAUCUGCAAUGGGGCGAGGUCGACCCCAUCGGUUGUUCAGUUCAGGCACUCCCAGGCGUGUCGGGAGAGAACAUAGAAAAGAUCUGGUACCAGCUGGUCGGGCGCGACACUUGGACAUCCUGCAUGACCCGAAUCUUGGACGAGAAUGGGUAUACAGGGUCGCGGCUGCACACCUAUACGGAUGGAUUGGAUAGGGCGCGCAUCUGGAACGAGAUUUAUGUGAGUACGUGGAAGGAGUUUGCAGAGAAAGCGCUCCAGACGCCCGAUGAGUCGAGCCGGCUGGAACAAAAGGCAGUGGAUGAGGUCCGAAGGGGUGCUGCAAUUAUGGUCCCGAAGCUGGUGUGGGUUGCCAAAAAGCUAUAG